GUUUUUCUGGCUUUGCUCACGUAAGCAUUCGACUGGUAGGAAUCGUGGGGCUUGCACUUGAUUAUUAUUCUUUAAAUUCAAUAAAUAUAUCGUGAUUGUGGAUCAAGAGGACGAACUAGUGAAAACAGUGUGGCAAAAGGCAUUGAACAGGAAAAUCCUGGUGUACAGUUAUUGGUGCGAAACUAAAAAUAGCACACAUAGCUUGUUGUUGAUGGCAUAGCACUACUUGGCACUUGUGCGAUUAUUGUGAAUCAAAAGUGCAAUCAUUUGUGCAUUUUGAGAGAUAAUAAACACACCCACCGGGAGCCAAGCUUCCACCGAAACCCACCUCAACCUAGGCUUCUAUCUCCAAAGCGAUAGAGCGUGCUAUACAACAACCAAAGUCACGAUAAACGUAUCGCACCCGGCCCGAUUAUCUCGCGCGCGCAUUAUUCGUUAAGCGCCCUCGUGAUUCAGAGAGAGCACCAAGCAGCGCAAACUGAGCAAUUUUUUUUAUCGCCAUGGUCUCUAGCGUUCGUGUCCAGUGUCGUUCAGAAACCGUACCCAAACGGAAGCAUUCAACAAGCAACGACCUUCCACCGGUUUUAGUCGCAUUUCGGUACGAAAUACUAAUUCGGCAAUAAUUUAUUCGAACCUUGAACAAAGGCAGAUGGCUAAUAGGAGCCCUUCGUAACAAAGCAUCAACUCUCGCUGCAUAGUGAAUUAUAGUAGCUUGUAACACAACACGGUAAAGCGAGAAAUAGUGAUUUGCAUUAACGAACGGAAAGUGUCAAAUAUACACCGUAAUCAAAGUAAUCAAGCGUGAUACUGCAAUUGGAGUAUCAUUAUUUGCUCUAGUCUGGUCGUUGAACGGGUUACAGUUUGAAGACUUAAGUCCGCGGCGUUGUGCGACCGGAUCGUGAUAUGCACUGACUGUUGCGUGUUCGUGAACAGCUGAUAAGCCAAAUUUGGUCUGGUGCACAUGAUACAUUCGACGGUGAUGGUUCAAAAGAUAUGUUACUCUCGGUCUUCAUGAUUGUAAUCGAGAUACUAGCAGAAUCAUUCGGAACAAUUUGAAAGCUGCUGCAGCAGUCGGAGAUAGUGACAUCCACGGGAAGUGUCUACGUGACUGACAAUAUACUGUGAAUUUUUCCAAAGACGGCACUACGGAGAUAGGAUGGCAGAACCAGCACAACUGCGACCACCUGACGGUGGUUGGGGAUGGAUGGUGGUCUUUGCCUAUGGACUGGCCAAUAUCAUGAUCGUACCCGUGCUGCAGAGCUUCGGUCUCAUCUUCAAGGACACGUUCAAGCAGAUUCACAUUUCGGCGACGGAAGCUUCGGUCAUCAUCAACCUCGCUUCAGCCAUCGGAAUGCUCUUCGGCCUUUUCAACGGUCCACUGCUGAGAAACUUUGGCUUCCGUAGGAUAGCCACCCUCGGUGGGUGCAUGUUUGCCCUUGGUCUCAUGUUCACUUCCCAGGCAGAGACGAUAUGUCACUUCAUUCUCACCUAUAGUAUUAUGGCGUCUCUCGGCAUGGGAUUCUGCAAUUCAUCGUUUUCGUUGGCUCUGAAUACGUACUUUUUAACCCGGCGGAACAAGGCAGCCGGCAUUGCGAUGACCAUCACCGGAUUGGGUCCCAUUCUGCUACCUCAGUUGGUGUCGCUGCUGGUGUCACUGUACGGUUCCAGAAGUUGUUUGCUAAUCAUCGGAGCACUGGCAACGCACAUCGUUGCGGCGGCUUUGCUCUUGCAACCGGUGAAGCGACACAUGCUACCGAUUGAACUGAAUGAUGAAGUAUUGUCUCCACAUAAGGAAGCCGUGGAGGAGAAAUAUUCGGCAGUCGAUGCUCCUCCGCGGAUCGACAGCAAAUGGGACCUGGAAUCGGACAACGAGGACGAUUAUCUGGAAAAACGAACCUACUUUACCGAUCACGAUAUGGACGCCCAGAGCAUCUAUGGAUUCGAGCAAACAUCGCAAAUGCGUCGGCCAGAUUCGAUGGCCACGUUGAUGUUUCUGCCUCGUACCAAAAGUGAAGUUCUCCAUCCCACACAGAGGCGACCUUCGACGGCCGAAAUGUUGUUGUUCAAAACGUACUCUCAGAAUCUGGAACCACCGAAGGCAGACACCAAGAAACGGUGGUUUCACUCAGGAUCUACCGAAACGGUUAACCUCGGCAGUUCGAUUAAACUUUUCGAGGAGAAAGAACGAGAACGGAGAGGUUCGUUGGAUAACAGUGCGUCCAGGCGGAAGUCAUUUGUGGCGAGGUUUUCUCCCAGAACCAAGCGAUGGUUUGAAAAAUCGGAAGACUCCGUUCACUUGGGCAGCUCAAUGAGGCUCUUCGAUGAACGGUAUCCCGGAGCUAGAAGAAGUUCCCAUGCCAGCGUUCGGGAAUUUUCCGUUCCGAUGCAUACCAUUUCCCACUCGAAGCUUCCGGUUUUGAGUGAGAAUCAAGAUCUUACCGACGAAAAUCGAAUGCCGUCGAUUAUGCGUCAGUUGGAGAAUCCAACGUCACCGAAAACCCCGGUUCAAAAAUCGACCAAAUUCGAUUUCAGUAACGUCGACGGUAGAGGGGAACCUAGUCCACCGAAGCAGGAGCAAAAGCAAAGCUGUUCGCAGAAGAUAGUCACUUUUUUCGAUCUCACCUUGCUACGGGACCGGAUAUACUUAAACAUGAUGCUGGGAAUGUCAAUCGCCGUGUUUGCGGAAAUCAACUUCUCCCUGUUGACACCCUUCAUCCUGAACGAUCUGGGCUACGAGACGGAACAAAUUGCGUCAAUUAUGUCGACCCUGGCCGUUGCGGAUUUGCUGUUCCGUUUCAUUUCACCCUUCAUUGGAGAUUCGCUGAAGCUGACCCCCCGGAUCAUGUACAUGAUUGCCCUCAGCAUGCUGAUACUUACUAGAUUUAGCAUUCUAGUCGCUCGCAACUACACCGAGAUGAUUGUGGUUGCCGUUUUCCUUGGAGUGGCCAAAGGUGUUCGCACCGUCUACAUGGGCCUGGUCAUACCGAGCUACAUCCCGCUGAAGCGUCUGCCCGCGGCAUCCAGCAUCCAGAUGAUGACAAACGGCAUCAUACUGAUCACGAUGGGUCCAGUGGUUGGGAAAAUCCGGGAUUAUUCCGGAAGUUACUCGUUAAGCAUUAUGUUCAUCAAUGUAUUCACGAUCGUUACGAUCGCCAUGUGGGCCGUCGAAAUGGUGUACGUGAGUCGGAAAACGGCCCGAAAACAGCGAGCAGCAAUCGGUCAAGUAGUGAUAUCCUGAUGGCAAUCCCGAUCCGAAGCAGUCCGAAGAGAGUCCGUCAGUGCCGCCAGUGAG